GUUUGGUAGUUGGUACAUACUCGUACAUACCCUGAAUUUUAUUAGAAUCAUUAAAAGAUAAUAAAAAGAGUUUUGAAAUUGUAGAUUCAAGAAGACAUGCACAUACAGAUUAAAUAUGUUCAAUAAAAUAUUAAGUUCAAUCCAUAAUGAAUGGAAAAAAGAAAUAGUCUAUACUAUAAUAAGAUCUUGUUUUAUACUAAUGUUAUACACUAACGCUAUACAUGUACGUUAUACACGAACGCUAUACAUGAACGCUAUACAUGAACGUUAUACACGAACGUUAUGCACGAACGUUAUACAUGAACGUUAUACAUGAACGUUAUACAUAAAAGUUAUA